UGGUGUCAGCGUAUGAUUUGUAGGGCUUGAUGAGACGAAUAAUUGAGUUUUGGUUCGUUCUCUCUAUGACUACCCUCUCUGUCUUCAAGCCAUGCCCUAAUCACUAUGUCGUGAAGGAAAAGUGGUACAGCAGCAAGGCCCCAGGUCUUCCUCUACCUGCCUAAGUGGAUGGUCCCAACUGUGAGGACUAUGGAGAGCACCUGGGAUGUAGCGUCUUUCAACAGACAAAGAAUGAUGAUAAGAUGGGCCCUUCGGUUGAGGAUAUGCUCUUUCUAAAGACCAUGGAGAAGGGAGUCUAUAAAAAUGAGGACAACAGUUGGGUCGCUCCUCUUCCAUUCAGAGAGCCAUGACCUCGUCUUCCAAAUAACAGGUCGCUAGCAGCAGACCGUCUGUUUUCACUACGCCGCUCCUUUAACAAGAAACCUGAGAUGAAGGAGCAUUUCAUCUCAUUCAUGGAGAAGAUAUUUCACGGUGGUCAUGCAGAGGUAGUGCCUCCCCUUGGGGAAAAUGAAGAAUGUUGGUACCUCCCCUCCGUUGGAGUGUAUCACCCAAGGAAACCAAGCCAGAUUCGGGUGGUCUUUGAUUCAAGUGCUCAACACAAGGGAGUCUCAUUGAAUCAGAUCCUCCUGACUGGCCCAGACCUCAACAAUAGUCUUCUUGGGGUACUUAUCCGCUUCUGCAAAGACUCCAUUGCCAUCACAGCGGACAUACAACAGAUGUUCCACUGUUUUGUUGUCAAGCAAGAAGACAGAAAUUAUUUGAGAUUUCCUUAGUACGAAGACAACAACCUGGAAAAUGACAUCACAGAAUAUUGCAUGAAAGUGCACGUCUUCGAAAAUAAUCCAUCACCAGCUGUUGCCAUCCACUGUCUCAGACGGGCUGCUGAGGAAGGGGAAAAAGAGUUUGGUGAUGACGCAAGGCAGUUCUUUGAUAGAGACUUUUAUGUUGAUGAUGGGCUAGAGUCCUUACCCACUCCAGAGGCUGCUAUCGACUUGCUCAAAAGAACACGGAACAUGCUGGCAUGUUCCUACCUGAGACUACAUAAAAUAGCCUCAAACAGCAGAGAUGUUAUGGAGGCUUUUCCCAUUGAGGACCGUGCCAACGACCUUAAAGAUCUGGAUCUUGGCAUUGACUCACUACCCAUUCAGCGUAGUCUUGGACUCUGCUGGGACUUGAAGACAGACACGUUCCUGUUCUAGGUGGCGGAAGAAAGGAAACCCUUUACUCGCCGGGGAGUGUUAUCAACAGUGAACAGCUUGUACGAUCCAUUAGGAUUCGUAGCACCUGUCACCAUACAAGGCAAGGCCUUACUGAGAGAACUCUCAAUGGAAACAAGUGAUUGGGAUGCUCCGUUACCACCAAACAAAGAGAAACAGUGGGAAAAGUGGAGAGAAUCCUUGAAAGAGCUUCAGCAUCUCAAGAUGCCAAGUCUCCUACAGAGGCUCAGCACAAAGAACUCUGUCUUUUCAGAUGCUUCGGAACAGGCAAUAGCUGCAGUUGCCUAUUCAAAAAUCUCAGAUGCAGAGGGGAACUGCCACACAGGCUUUGUAUUAGGCAAGGCAAGAUGGGCUCCACGUCCAGAACAAACCAUACCUCGGUUAGAGUUGUGCGCUGCAGUGAUGGCUGUGGACAUGGCAGAGCUUAUAACCUCUGAGAUUGACAUCAAGUUUGACACUGUCACCUUCUAUACGACAGCAAAGUAGUUUUAGGCUACAUUUACAAUGAGAAGCGGAGAUUCUACGUUUAUGUCAACAAUUGGAUCCAAAGAAUCAGGAGAGGAACACAGCCACAACAAUGGCGUUAUGUGUCCACUGAACACAACUUUGCGGACCAUGCCACAAGGUUCAUCUCUGCAGCCCAUCUGAAAGACACCACCUGGUUUACUGGGCCUGUGUUCUUAUCUCAGCCGGAGAAAGUUCUUCACAAAAAAUCUAUCUUUGAACUCCUGGACCCAGAACAGGAUAAGGACAUUCGCCCACAAGUGACAGUGCUUGCCACCACCCAUGAAAGUCAUCUAGACUCGCAGUGCUUUGAGUGCUUUUCGACCUGGAAGGUUCUUGUUCGUGCCAUAUCUCGUCUCAGACAUAUUGCAUGCCUCUUCAAGAAGACUUAAAAAGAUCCAGCGAAAAGCUGUAAGGGAUGGCAUCAUUGCGAGACACCGUAUAUGGUAGAGGAACUUACUCAGAGCAGAAAUGUCAUCAUUCGGUCUGUGCAGCAGGAAACGUAUGCUGAAGAAAUACAGUGCAUCAGGAGCCAAAGAGAUAUCCCCAAGGACAGUUCUCUGUGGAAGUUAAAACCAUUUAUUGAUGGGGAUGGCCUACUGAGAGUUGGAGGACGCAUACAGGAAUCUAAGUUGGGAUAUGAAGAGAAAAAGCCUCUAAUCAUUCCUGGACGGAAUCAUGUUGCAUCCCUUCUUGUGCAACAUUACCAUGUUGAGUCACAACAUCAAGGACGCCAUUUUACCGAGGGUGCUCUUCGCUCAGCUGGUUACUGGAUUGUGGGUGCCAAAAGGUGUGUAAGCAGUUUCAUCUUCAAGUGCAUCACUUGCUGUAAGCUUCGGGGGACUUGUGAGGUCCAGAAAAUGGCUGACUUACCUCCUGAUAGGCUCAGCAUGGAACCACCUUUCACACAUGUUGGUGUUGAUGUAUUUGGACCCUGGACCAUCUCAGCACGUUGUACAAGGGGUGGCCAUGCUGAGAGUAAGAGAUGGGCCGUCUUAUUUGCCUGUUUUAGCAUCAGAGCUAUCCAUCUCGAGGUCAUAGAGUCCAUGGACAGCUCAAGUUUUAUAAAUGCUCUGAGACGGUUCCUCGUAAUCCGUGGGCCAGUCAAACACAUCCGUUCUGACCGGGGAACAAAUUUCAUUGGAGCAUGCAAGGACAUAGGGAUCUUUUCAAAUGUGGACGAAGAUGCGAUGAAGAGAUACCUUGCAGAAAAGGGCUGCAUCUGGACAUUCAACCCACCUCAUCCCUCUCAUAUGGGAGGAGCAUGGGAGAGGAUGAUUGGCAUCACCCGCAAAAUCCUUGACUCGAUGCUUCUCCAGUCAAGGCCUUCCAGGCUCACUCAUGAGGUGCUCACCACUUUUAUGGCUGAAGUGAUGGCCAUCAUGAACAACAGAUCUCUGGUGCCUCUGUCCACAGAUGCCAGUGAUCCAUUUAUUCUCACUCCUGCCACACUGCUGACACAGCAGUGUGGCUCUCAUCCCAUUAUUCCAGGUGAGUUUGACAGCAAAGACCUGUACAAGAGACAGUGGCAGCAAGUGCAAAGCCUUGCUAAUACCUUCUGGGACAGAUGGCGUAAACAGUAUUUGUGUACCCUGCAGUCACGAAAGAAAUGGACAUUCAGUAGGCCAAACAUUGUACUUGGAUCCGUGGUGCUCAUGAGAGAUAACCAAGUAAAAAGAAAUGACUGACCUUUAGGAUUGAUAACUCAAGUAUUUCCCAGCAAAGACAGAAGAGUCCGUAAGGUUGAGGUUAGGAUCAAUGCACGGAAUGGAACAAAGCUGUUCCUCAGACCUGUGACUGAAGUAAUCCUGCUACUCUCCCCUGACAGCUAGGAGAGUGUGACUUUCUCCCCAGAGGUGAACUUUGAAAACAUUUGUGGUAUCUGGGGAUACCAGGCGGGGAGUGCUCUGCCUUAUUAGUUUGGUAAUUUGUCAGCAGUUUGUAUUUUGUUUAGCACCAUCUGCUGGUGAGUUUUAUGGGAGUAGUUUGCAGCACAUGAGGUGUAUCUCUAUGACAUCAUCAAUAUGCAGCAGGGGCAGUACUCCAUGUUAGACCCAGGAAAAGCACAUGCUCCAUCUGGACAUCUUGAGCUUUGAAAGCAUCGUCGGUAUGCUAUAACAGAGUUAGGGUUCAUCAUUUGUUUAUAUAUGAGUGUAUUGUCACAAUUUGUAUAUAUUUUGUAUGGUAUGUGUGAAGUUUGGAAAUCUGGAUAAUGUGUUCAUGUCAGCCACAUGUUCUGGCCAGCUUUAAUUGAGGAAAUAUACAUGAUAUACAUUACAGCCGUAAUAUGCUUCCUGUAGCAUAUCUUUUAGCACAUUCAGGAGUUCUUUGUAAGGUUUAAUAUAGUUAUUAUUUCUGAUUUAGACUACUGAUUUUAUCUUUCUUAUAGCAAGAUUUUUGACUCUUUGUUGAUUGUAUGUUUUUUCUUUGUCAGUUUUACCCUACUGCCAGUUGCCACAUUAAAGAGCAUCAACUGGA